ACUCACACGUGUUUGGCUCCAUCUUGUGGGGGGGAGGAUAAACGCAGUGUCGGACUGGCUGGAUCUCCGCAGCUUCCGUAGAUCCUCACAACACGACAACAUGGCUGACUGGGGUCGGGGACAUGGAGCAGUUGAUGACAUAUUGGAUGCCGAGAACAAACUUCUGGCGGAGAACCUGGCGAGCAAAGUGUCCCGUCUGAAGUCGCUGGCCUAUGACAUCGACAAGGACGCAGAGGACCAGAACAUGUACAUCGAUGGCAUGGACUCUGAUUUCCUGAGUGCGACGGGAUUGCUGACGGGCAGCGUGAAGCGCUUCUCCACCAUGCUGCGCUCCAGCCGGGACAACCGCAAGAUCAUGUGCUACAUGUCGGGGGGGCUGGUGGCGCUCUUCUUCCUGCUCUACUACCUCGUCUCCCGCCUACAGAGAUGAGCACCACCGCUCCGACCCCACCCUCCACCAACAUUCCACCCCCGUACCCCUAGUCCAGACCCAGACCGACACCCCAUAAGCCAGACCCAAACCCAGACCCGGUACCCCAAGCCGUGACCCUUUACCCCAAGCCCAGUCCCGGUACCCAGACCCCGAACCCCGUGCCCAAAGCCCAGACCCGUAGUCCAGACCUGGCACCCCAGUCCAGACCCCCCUACCCCUAGGCCGAGCCUGGUACCCCUAGUCCGGACCUGGUACCUCUAGUCCAGGCCUGGUACCCCUGCUUCAGACCAGCCGGGAGGCCUCUCAUCUGGGAGAAUCAUCACCAGGACUUCAGUUUACAACCCCACCAUCCUGUCACAAUAAUGAAGUUGUUGAUGAACUCCAGAGAGAUACUAGAGUCUGAAGAUCAGAACCUUUACCAGGGCGUACUGGGCGACCCACAGCGGAGCCACUGGGCGGACUGGAGCCUUCCACAGCUCCCUCAUCGACCCCCGGUCUGAUGGGGCAGAUGAGGUCCAGUCCCAGUGAGGCCUCACCGCCCCCCCUCUUCUGGUGUUUCAGGAGUCUCAGUUGUAUGAGAGCUCUGUGCACACAUGUAUUAGUGGUGAUGGGAUUGUGUUGCCUGGGGAGAAAUGUGUUUAUCCUUUUAACUCUAAUAAUGUAUAUAGACUUUGGUUUUGGGAUGGGGACAUUUUUGUGAAAAGUAGCAAGUGAUAAAGAAGCUUGAGGAUUCAGUUGAGUAUCAGGAUUAUAUGGCAUGGUUGAAAUAAACAUUAUGUUAGUAACAUUAAAUAAAGUGCGGCUUUUUAAGGAGAGAUGUGCUCUACUGCUCAUCAACCCUCAACCCUGUU